AUGACGAGCUCUAUACACGAAAUAUUUGAUGAUAUUGAUGGAUCCCUUCUUGGAAGGAAAAAUACUCUUGUUUAUUUUCAGAAGGCCGUGAACCAGAAAGGAUUUGGAGUUAAAACUAACUGGAUUAUGCAUGAAUAUGUCUUAGACGAGAGGCUUGUUCCUUCAAAUGAAAACGAGAAGGAAUAUGACGUUGUUAUAUGUAGAAUUCGUCAAAGAGAAGAAAAGAAAGGGAAGACGAAAACCGAAAGGGAUGAAAGUGAAGUCUCUGGCAAUAGAUCAUAUCGUCAAUCAGUUCCUAUCGAUCAUGACUGGAGGGCUUGGAUUAAAGAAGUCUAA